UCGGCGAAGGAGCCUCCAGCCCGGAGCGCACGCAUGUUCAGUGGACUCGAAUGGUGUGAAGCCCCAGAUGAAGGACUCAGACGUCCGGGAAUGACAGCCGCUGUCACCGGGAGUGACAGCUUUCACUCUGACCUUCUCCGCUAAAACUACUCCAGCUGAUACCUAACACUGAUCCGGAUCGGAUCCAGCCAGACCGGGACUAUGCCAGAGAUGGAGAAAGGGAGACCACCGGAAAAUAAACGCAGCAGGAAACCCGCGCACCCCGUAAAGAGGGAGAUCAACCAGGAGAUGAAGACGUUUGCAGAAAGCACCAUGAACGAGCUCCUGGGAUGGUACGGAUACGACAAGGUAGAUCUCAGAGACUCAGAGGCCAAUGAGAUCAGAAACUACAGGGAGAGGCGUCAGCAUGUGUCUGUGCUAAAAGAAAACUCAUUGCCAAAACCCAAGUGCCUGGACACCAAAGUCAGUCAUUCAGUCCUGGCCAUGAAGAGUGGAGAGAGAGAGUCCUCCAUUAUCCCCUCCUCUUCACCCUCUUCUUCGUCAACAAGUUCAUCCCUGACCACCCCCAAGGAGCACAAGAGUGCCCCUGUCAUUGUCCCCCUUAUAAAGCCAUCAGCAGUGGAAGACGUACAGAAUGUGCAGAUAGUGUGUGUUUGGUGCCAGAAGGAAGGUGUAAAACGUUACUCUCUAUGUAUGGGCUCUGAGCUCAAGAGCUUCUGCAGUGAAAAGUGCUUCGCCGCCUGCAGACGGGCCUACUUCAAACGCAAUAAGGCCAGAGAUGAAGACCUCCAUGGUGAGAGAUCCCCUCAGCAUCCCCAUACAGAGGACUCGCCCAGACUGGUGUUGAAAAUAAACAGCAAUGUCAGAUCUCUCUCCCCUGUGCCGCAGGUAUGUGAUUGGUGCAAGCAUGUCCGUCACACUAAAGAAUACCUGGACUUCGGAUCUGGCGAGGAACGGCUCCAGUUCUGCAGCACCAAGUGUCUGAAUCAGUACAAGAUGGAUGUUUUCUACAGAGAAGCCCGUGCAGCUCUCACCAGCACCAGCUCUAGCCCAAGCAGAACCAGUCAGGAGGGGAGGGCAGACAGCAGUGUCGCCGGGCAAAAGCUGCUCACUCCAGAAUCUUGGAACAGCAACAACAAUAUAGGGGAAGCGCGUCAUAGAAACCUCUCACCUAAAGGUCCUGCUCUAAUCCAUGGAUCAGCAGAAUCCACUUCCAUAUCCUCCUCAGAGGCAUCCUCUUCUUCUUCUUCCAAGGUCCAUGUCCCUGGGCUGAGGACCCUGGAGAGACCCAUCCAGCCUCCUCCACCGCCGCCUACUGUGGAAGUGUCACCACACCCUGCUCCCCUUCCUCCUCCACCUCCUUCUCGCCCCCCUCUGGAACAUCAGCCAGUGCCUCAAAUCCCUAUUCCCUUCAUCAGACCUCCUCUUCAUGCUCAGGGCCUGAAAAGCCCCCUUGGCAACCCUCCCAGACAUCCAGCCCCCCCCUCCAGUCCUAUCCAUAGACCUCCUCACUCUCCUCACCUGCAGCCCCCCACCUCCUCUUCCAUAAAUCCCCCUGGACUGAUGCACCCCUUUCCAGGAGCCUACUUCCCUGGAUUGCACUCCCCUCCUCUGAAUAUGAUGCCAAGAGGUCCUGUCCCAAUGCCUCCCAUAAUGAACUUUGGUAUUCCUUCCUUUAGCCCUCUCCUGCCCCAGCCCACUGUUCUUGUCCCUUAUCCCAUCAUUGUCCCCCUACCUGUUCCCAUACCCAUUCCUAUCCCCAUCCCUGUCCCUUCUAAGGCAACUCUAGAAACUCCAAGUCACAGUGGAGUUAUCCAGCCUGUGCCAGAGGGGGCAGACAGGGGUAGAUCCAGGGCUACCAGGCCAGCAACACCAGGGAUCCCUGAGGGGGAAAGUAGAUUGGUAGCCAACAAAUUGGGUGGAACCUUGACUCAAGGUCUCCCCUCGCCAAGUGACCCCAACACAAGGGACACAGAUUGGGUUAAAUCAGAGCGGCCAUUCCCAUCCCCAGCAUCCACACUUAAUAGUGGAACAUCCUCUCCCAGAGCACAGUACAAUGAAUCCCCCUGCUCAGCUCAAGGGUCGGAAGGGUUGACAGACUAUAAGCAGCAACAGUCAGAGCGACAAGUCAUCCAAAGGGUUCUUCAAAGGACCCAAGUGAAGUUGGAGCCCAGUACCAAUGGAGUGGUGGACCUUUCAGGGCUCGGGGAGUCAGGAACUGGGCAGGGUACCAGAUCAGGGCUCCACGACAUCAUCAGACCGACCCCUCCUCUACCACAGUCCCCUUCACAUGGCACUGUCUACCACCACCAGGACUCCCACACUCCACCUUCACACACCCCACCCAGUCCCACAGGGAGCAGCCAUCCAAAUGAUGUCAUGUCCUCUGCCAUGAAAUCUCAGGACCACGGUCCAAAUGGGAUGUCCUCCUCAUCCACACCCUCCAGUCCGGACUCCUCCCUAACCCAGAGAGUACCAGCACCACCCCCUGAGCCCACAAUCAGCGAGCUGGAGGCAAUCAAAGAGAACAAGUGCUCUGUUGUUGGUCCAGUGCGGGUUGAGGGCCCAGUCAGCCAGUCAGAAGAGCCCUUAGCAGUAGUCGGGGAAGUAGGAGAGGACCCCCAUGUUCCUGAUGAGGACCACGCCUAUGCCCUGCCCACAGCGCCAAAGACAGGUGGGACCACCACCCCGCUGCUCUUGCCCAAACUCAGGGACAAGGGUAGCCUGCGAAGCCCUGCUAAUAUGCAAGGUGCUGGAGACAUGGAGCCAGCUCUGAAGAGGCGAUGCCUACGAAUCCGAGAUCAGAAUAAGUAGAGGAUGGAGACUCCCUGUUUAACACUGUAUGGCAGUGCCAGAUUCAGUGCCACGCCCUCUGGUGGACAACGCCAGUGCUAACACCCUUCAGCCUGUCCCUCAACCUGUCAGCCCACCAGAGCGUUGCUCUGCCUGUAGACCAGCAGGGUGCCAACCCAGGAAGCGGUCCAGAUGGCCAUAUUAUCACAAGUCAACGUGGGGGAAGAACACAACACAGUCACACAUUCUGUCAUGGACCAAAGAGUAUUGCUGGCUUGUGUGUUAUGUUGUGUUCAGUGAGUGUUUGAUAUGGAGCAUCUCAGAUCUCCCAGUCUGACAUUGCCCUGCAGUAUGUCUAUGCGUGAGUAUGUGUGUGCACGAGUUAGUGUGGCUUCCCAGAUGCACUCCUCCUCCUCCUCCUCCUCCUCCUCCUCCUCCUCUUCUCCUUGCUCCACACAGCAGACAGAGCUCUGAUCAGCCUUGUGUGGUCUUCUCAGAUGGAACCAGAACAUGAUCUCUUUCCAGGGGAAACGGUUUGUUUUCUCUGCCUGGCUUGCACAAAGAGCCACAUUGUUCCUCUCCCCAUAUCCCACGCUGACUCCCGACUCCAGGUUUUGGGUUACCUGGACGACAGGGGCUCAGACUUCAGGAGCUUUUUUAUUUUUUUGACCGACAGCCAGGAAUAUAGUAUAACCUUCUCCCCUCCAACUCUCCACCCCAAUCUAAAUACGGUACACACUACACACACUAGUUCUGAGGUUUGAUUCCUCGCAACUGAUUGCCUAUGAUUCCCUACUCUGCUCACUUCCUUCAAGGGAGGAGAGAAAUUCUGCUGAGAUUACUUUAUCCUUGGGCAGUUUACACACUGUGCGGAGAGAGUCUGGCUGGGCUGUUAAGACAGACGACUGAGCAGUAUAACGCGAUCUCUGAUGACAGAGGAUGCUCCCUCUGCCUCUUCUAAACAAUGUAAAACUACAUAGUAUACACGAGGGGACGCCUACUGAUAUACAGUAGCCGAGACGGUCUCUGAACACUUUGGUCGUCCUGAUGACACUGGUACAUAAAUGCGUGAUUUACAGACCCUCCCUCACCACUCAACCGACCUGCCAAGUUUUAAGAGCAAAUCAGGGUCUGAAUCACUUUUAGCGCCAAGUGUCAUGCAUAUUCAUGGUAAAAUUUAAAUCUUGAACAUUCAUGGCACAUGACAGUUUAACUGGUCCUAAUUCUGAUGUAUUUCUUUAUGUUCCUGGCUCUGACCAGACGAUUCUAAAAAAAAAAAAAAAAAAAAAAAAAAAAAAAACAGCAGCAACAAACUUCUAAUAUUACCAAACGUGGUAUUAUACUCAACCACCAGAUGCUGUAGUAUGCAGCGAUCAGUAUUACAGUUCCCACUGUUGAGGAUACCUGUUGGGGAUUUGAACCAGCUAGAUCACUUAGAGGCUUUGUCAACAACUGUCGCAUUUGCAAGGUUUCAGUUUUUCUAGUUGAAGUCUACACAGAUACUAUUUGAUGUUAUAUUAAUUUAUGGAUGAUGCAUCUGUAGAUUUUCACAAAAAAAGUGCUUUAUUUCUUCAUUUGUCUUUUCUUUGACGAUUGUAUUUCGUGAGUGUUGAAGCUCUUAAAUGCCCCUUGUCUUUAUGUAUAUAUACUGAGUCCCCACUAGAGAGCAGUAUUUGCCUUUGUAACUUUGCACCUGCCCUUUUCUGACAAGAAAGCACCAGGAGGCCCAUAGGCAAAGUCUGCUGAAACCCAUACCAUCACACAGAACACAACACUGCACUCAGUGCCAACUGACUGAUAUCCAACGCCAAGUACGUAGAUAGCUUUUCAUGCACAUAUUGUUACCAUUAUUACAUCUUUAAAUCCGAAUAUUGCCUAUUUCAGCCGUGUCAUGCCAAGAGGGGCCUCUUCUUAAUGUAGAGUUCAGCAGUCCCCCGGGAUGAGUAGUCACCAUGACCUACUCCUAGAAUAACUCCAAAAGUGGCCGACUCCUGCCAUCAUUCCAAAACUACAUGCCUAUCAGUUUGUGUGUGUGUGUGUGUGUGUGUGUGUGUGUGUGCGUGUGUGUGUGUGUGUGCGCGCAUGUGCCUACAGCGGCAACACAUCUGACUGUCUCCCCGCUCAUUCCAGCCCACAUCCUCGCCACAGGCCCUUGCCGGUACGGCAGGAUCAUCCUCGGCUGGGAAGGGGACUUUGUCAACGGCUCGUAUGAGUCAAUGAUGACAUCACUCCGUGCAAAUAGCUGCGGUGUCAACAAGUGGCCCCUCUACCCUGAGGCCAGAGGCCAAAAAAAAAAAGAAGACAUUAUUAAGACUGCCAUUAUUGGUUUUAUUGCACAUUUUAAUCAUUGCCAUUUCUGACCCGAUACAGCGUGUGCGUUACUCCAAAGUUUUUGACUUAAAAUGCUUUUGUUUCGGAGAUUUUGUUGCUCUUGCUGCCUGAAAUUUGUAGGUACUUUCUGACCCCACCCUGUCAAACAUUUAGCCCACUGUUCACAGAUUGUUUGUAUUUGAAUACAGAUUCAGUAACCAAGAGCUUUGGUGGAGACCUCUUUGUAAAGUAAAAAAAUAAAUAAAAGUUAU